CUUUCACAGUAGUACACUACUCAUUUUUCUCACUUCUUACUAGUUUACUACAGUACUUCUUUCACGCCGCUAUCCCCUCACAACCCCGCCGCUGCACCUCCGCCUCUCCACCUCACCGGAGACGGAAUCUUCCCUGUUCGUCAGAAUCUGGCAAUUACUUGUUUAAUUCCAGCAGACCAUCAUUUUUCAGGCAAUUGCUACUGAGUGCGUGAGGCGUCCUGUAAUGAGCAACGCCUACUUGUCAAGAUUCUGCAGCCUCCCACACACUGCUGCUACUUCACUACCCUCGAGCAGAAAUAUUGCUCUUGAACUUUUUAGAAGCUUUUCUUCAUGCAGUCCAUUGGUUGUUGGUGUUGCAGCCUCUAAUCCUUUCAUCACCAGUCACUCCUCACUUGCGUUUACAGCUCAAGUCUCUCCAUCUGAUACAACACAACGUUCUGCAGAGUGGUUUGCGCUCCGCAAGGACAGGCUUACUACAAGCACCUUCAGCACUGCUUUGGGGUUCUGGAAGGGGACCCGCCGACCCGAGCUCUGGAGUGAGAAGGUUUUUGCUUCUGAUGCCAAAAAUGUGGCAGCUUCUGCAAAGCAGGCCAUGGAGUGGGGUGUUCUCAAUGAAGCACCCGCUAUUGAGAGGUAUAAAAGCAUUACAGGACAUGAUGUUGGUUUAAUGGGGUUUGCAGUUCACGCUGAGCAAAGAUUUGAUUGGAUGGGUGCUUCUCCAGAUGGUCUUCUCAGUUGCACUCCUGAGGCGGGUAUCCUUGAAGUGAAAUGUCCUUAUAAUAAAGGGAAGCCUGAAUUGGCGUUGCCCUGGUCAACAAUGCCAUUCUACUACAUGCCUCAGAUACAGGGUCAAAUGGAGAUAAUGGACCGAGAAUGGGUGGAUCUGUAUUGUUGGACUCCUAAUGGGAGUACAAUAUUCAGAGUAUGCAGAGAACGAGGAUAUUGGGAACUUUUACAUGGAAUAUUGCGUGAGUUUUGGUGGGAAAAUGUAAUACCUGCUAGAGAAGCUUUAUUAGUUGGUGGAGAAGAAGCAGCUAACUAUUAUAAACCAGCACCCGUUCACAAACAAACUGGUCUGGUGAUAAGCAAGAGCAUUAGGUUAGCAGCUGAGGCCAAAUUGUUAUGCAAGGAGAUUACAGGUCAUGUUGAAUUCUUUGCAUAAUAGACCUCCAG